UACAGUAAACAUGGCGAGCAGUGUAGGACGACUGAGGCUUCUUCCACGAUUUUGUUCUUUAAUCAGUAGAGCAGUAUGCCAUAACAAUAUACUUAUAGGAUAUGACAUAAAUCCUGCAUCUAUACACUAUGGAUGGGGGAAGCAACUAUCCGAGGCUAGGAGGAGUGUUCAUCUGACUCCUGCCGUCUCAAUGUUCAUCAAAGUUCAAGAAACACCCAAUCCAAAUUCUCUCAAAUUUUUACCAGGUGUCCAG